AUGAUUCCAACAGUCCCAACAGCAUCUACAACAGUAUUAGUGAACCAUGAGUACAUAGAUCAAAGCACUUUCCGCAUUUGCGGUGCCCCGAGCACCGCAGUCCCACUCCUGGGACAGCCAUUGGCCGCUGAGGAGGGCAAGACGACCACGUCGGCUGUUGUCGUCGAAGAUGUGGAGAUGAAGACUGGCAAGAAGAAGAAGAAGAAGAAGACAACCACCAAAAAGAAGAAGAAAAAGAUAGUAGGGAAAAAGAAGCCAUUGAUCAAGGUUACCAUUGGGGAAAUGGAAACCUUGUCUCGGGAUCCACGAUGGACCAGCUAUCGCACGACUUCUCUGACUGGUGCCGCUACUCUCCGCAAAAAGAAAAAGACUGUUGGAAAGAAGACCACUUCAUCUGCGGCAACCACCAUGGCGGUGGUCAAAAAGAAGACCACGGCCAACAAGAAGAAACCAUUUGCCGCGAAGAAACCAACCAUGACCAAGAAGAAGCGUCGUGCCAACAAGGCAUUCAAAAAGGAAGUCUGUGCUUUGGAAUCGUGUUUUCAGAGUCUUCAAGUGGCCUCCUUUGCCUCCGCCACGUCCUCUCCGUUUGGCGUUUCUCCUCUUGCUUCCGCGCCUUUUGGGGCUCCUCCUCUUGCUUCCGCGCCCUUUGGGGCUCCUCCUAUGUUUGCCGCCGUCAUGCACGAGUAA